AUGUUCGCCAUACCCCUCCUCUCGCUCCUCCCCCUUCUCCUCAUACCGUUAUCAGCCACCGCCAAUCCUCGGCCACUGAAUCACCCCCACAACAUCGAUCACCCCCAUCGGCGCGCCCUCAAGCGCUCCAUCACCUCCGACGCGUCCUCUGUCAAUGGCGAGAGCUUUGACUUUGUCAUUGCUGGUGGUGGUGUUGCUGGCUUGACGCUGGCAGCGAGGUUGAGCGAGUGGAGCAAUGUGACUGUGCUUUGCAUUGAGGCCGGUGGCGAUGGCACGGAUGUGGAAGAUAAAAUCGAUAUUCCUGGAUACUCGUACCUCAACUCAUUGACCGGUUCUGCCUACGACUGGUCAUACAAUACCGUCGCGCAGACAGACAACAAUGACAGGAUCAUGUACUGGCCGCGAGGAAAAGGUCUUGGCGGUUCAGGCGCGAUCAACGGUAUGUUUUGGGGCAAGGCAGCUAUGGAGGAAUACGAUGCUUGGGCUACGUUGAACCCCAGUGGCAACGAGACUUGGAAUUGGGAAGAGAUGGACAAGUACAUGAAAAAGUCUGAAAACUAUACCGCCCCAUCCUCCGACGUCAAGUCCAAAUUCGGCUUGGUCGUGAAUGCGUCUGCCCAUGGCGACAGCGGGCCCAUCCAAGCGGGUUAUACGGAGUAUAUCUUUGAUGAGGUUGCGAAGUGGAUCCCUGCGUGGGAGACGCUUGGCCUGAGUGCUCUCGACUUGGCUGGAGGAAGCACCCAUGGUGCUCAACUCUCCACCUCCACCAUCAACACCUCCAACCAGACUCGAUCCGACGCUAAAGCUGGCUAUAUCGAUCCCCUUCCUCCAAGGGACAACCUUGUCAUCUUGACAAAACAACAAGUCACCAGCGUCGUCUUCAACGGCUCUACGGAUGCUAGUGGAAACAUCAUCGCCAGCGGUGUCACUUUCCAGUCCGCCAAAGGCGAAACUAGCUACUCUGUCCAGGCGAACAAGGAGGUGCUUGUGGCUGGCGGUACUGUUGGAAGUCCUCAAAUCCUGCAGCUUUCUGGUGUUGGCCCCAAGACCCUUUUGAGCAACCUCGAUAUCGACGUCAACUUGGAUCUCCCGGUCGGUUACAACCUUCAGGAUCACAUCUCUUAUUCCAUGUACUGGUCAACUCCCCAAGGAACUUUGACUUGGAACAACCUGAGUACAUCUGAUACUCUUCAAGCUUCCGAGCUGGCCGAAUACAAAUCCUCCCAGACUGGUAUGUGGACAUACGUCAACGAGGCCGUCGGUUAUCCCAGCAUGGCCGACAUCAUGGACUCUGACUCUGCUGCAUCCACCUACGCUGACGACGUCAGCGACAAGAUCUCCGACACCGUCUCGGAUGUCACAUCCUGGCUUGACCUUCCCGACAACGUCGCCACCGGUCUUACUGCCCAAUACAAGAUCCAACAAGAGUGGCUCACUGGCGACAUUGGACAGCUUGAAAUCAUCUUGACCAUGUUGGGUAACGGCGGAAACGAGAUGGGUAUUCAGGUCGCUCUGCAGCACCCCUUCUCCCGUGGUACCAUCCUUAUCAACUCGACCGACCCCUUCACGCAGCCGCAUAUCAACCCCGACUACUUUGGUGUCGGCUUUGACAUUGAUAUCAUCGGUUACGGGUCCGAGUUUGCCAGGCGGUUGGCGGCAGCGAGCCCGUUGUCGGAUGUCAUGAUAAAGGAGACUGCUCCUGGAAGCACUGUUACUGGUGACACGCUCGCAAACUAUACCAAAAACAAUGCUGGUACCGAGUACCAUCCUGUCGGUACCUGCUCUAUGCUUCCCAAGGACAGCGGUGGCGUCGUGGACACCACUCUCACUGUCUAUGGCUCGGCCAACCUUCGUGUUAUCGACACUUCUAUCGUUCCUCUCGAGCUUUCUACCCACACCAUGGCCACUACCUAUGGUAUCGCCGAGAAGGCUGCCGACAUUAUCAAGAAAAAGCACUGGGUUGUCACUGCUGCGGACGAGACGACCUCUGCCGCUGCUGUGGCCAGUACCGCUACCGCAGGCAAGGCUACCGAUACUGCUGUCACUGGCUCUACCAAUCAAGACAGCGCCGAUAGCUCCAGUAGCACGUUGAGUACUGGCGCCAAAAUCGGUAUCGGAAUCGGAGCUGGUGUGGGCGCUGCUGCUGUCCUGGCGGGCCUGUUGGUGUUCUGCCUCGCAAAGAAGAGAAAGAACAAGAAGGUCGAUGAGAAAGGGUGGUAUGGUGACCGGGCUGGAGGCUGGAACGAGCAAGGUGGUGCCGAGACUCCUUACAAAGCAGCUGGACCCGCCUACCCGAUGGCCGCUUUCAACUCUCAUGACCCCUACGACUCUCCUACUCCUGGCUUUGUAGGUCACUCCCGAAACGAUUCUUUCAACACCAUCGCGACCGCCGAUCUCGCCUCCCGCACGCCCAUGCGCAACUCCUCGUCGUUCUCGUAUGGUGGGGCUGGGUUGGGGCCAGAUAAUGGAGCUGGCCCGUAUAGAGACCAUGAUGUGAUGAGCGAUGAUGGAGGCCAUGGGCACCAAGGGCAGGGACAUGUGUAUCAGCCGCCUGGGGCCGGGGGUCAUACGGCUGUGGCGCCGGGUCAGCAGCAGUGGGGGUCGCAGGUAUACCACCCUGUCAACAUCAGAUAA